AUGGCGAGGAUCAAGGUCCACGAGCUCAGAAACAAGACGAAGGCAGAGCUUUUGGGUCAACUGAAGGAUCUGAAGGCAGAGCUUGCCCUCCUCCGAGUCGCCAAGGUCACCGGUGGAGCCCCCAACAAGCUCUCCAAAAUCAAGGUGGUGAGACUUUCAAUAGCACAAGUGUUGACAGUGAUUUCCCAGAAGCAAAAAGCGGCUUUAAGGGAAGUCUACAAGAACAAGAAGUUUCUUCCUCUGGAUUUGCGCCCAAAGAAGACCAGGGCUAUCAGAAGGCGUCUGACCAAGCAUCAGGCAUCUUUAAAGACAGAACGGGAGAAGAAGAAGGAGAUGUACUUCCCAUUGAGGAAGUUUGCAAUCAAAGCAUAA